AUGACACUGCAGGCAAUUAUACUCACCGCCCUUUUGGCCGUUGCCUUCGCCCGCCCUGAAAACACACCGUCCUAUGGCUAUGGCGCCACGACGCCCUCUACAGGGCCGGCCAAAUACGACUUCAACUACGCCGUAAACGACCCACCAUCUGGCAACGACUUCGGUCAUCAGGAGGCUCGAGAUGGCCCCAACACUCAGGGUUCCUACUUCAUCCUUCUUCCCGACGGUCGUCUUCAGAGGGUCACCUACACUGUCAAUGGUGAUUCUGGAUAUGUGGCCGAUGUCACUUAUGAAGGUGAUGCCCAAUACCCUUCCACACCACGCCCCUAUACACCCACCCCUCAAUAUGCUUAG